AUGCCACCGAAAACCAAUAACAGAGAAGUACGAGAUGAUGAGGUACGGUCUGAUGAUUGGGUUGAGCUGCGACGAACCCUACACGAGAUGCAGUUGAAUUUACACACAGCUAUCCAACGUUCAUCAGAUUCGUUGCAUCAAUCCAUGAGAGACGUCGUGGAGACGAUCCUCAAUAACCAGCCUCAUCGUAUUGACGAAGACGAUGACCGCGAAAACCCUUUCGCUCAUGAACGCAAUCAACGACAACUUCAAAAAAAUCAAGCACAACCUAUUCACGAUGCUGAUUGUCGAUGGGAGAUGGGUUUCAAGGUUGAUAUUCCAGAAUUUCAUGGUAGCAUCCGCGGUGAAGAUUUGCUUGACUGGAUCGUCACGGUGGAAGAAGUAUUGGACUUUAAACAGGUUCCUGCUAAUCGCCAAGUUGCUUUGGUUGCAACAAAAUUACGAGGACAAGCAGCAUCGUGGUGGUUACAACUAAAAUCAACACGUUCUCGUGAAAGAAAAUCUAAAAUAGCAUCAUGGGACAAGUUAAAAAAACAACUACGAAAGACCUUUCUCCCUUAUAACUUUGAUCACACUAUGUAUACCAGAUUACAGAAUCUGCGACAAGGGUCUCGAACCGUUGAUGAAUAUUCCGAGAAAUUUUACAUCUUGAUGACUCGUAAUGAGAUUCAUGAUAGUGAAAUUCAAACGGUGUCUCGUUUUAUAGGCGGAUUACGACCACAACUCCUGAACACGUUGGCCCAGUUUGAUCCUAACAAUGUCGCUAAAGCUCAUCGACGUGCCUCUGCAUUUGAACAACAAUUCCGAUCUUCAUCUAACAGCUGGAAUUCUUCUGCAAGGAUUCGUAAUUCUGUGCAACAAGAUUUAAAUACGGGUCAAGGUUCCGCACCAGCGUUGAUGGAUUCCACAACGAACGCUCCCCGGAUCACAAAUUCAACUCGAGCUCCCUUGGCACCGAAUGAUAACACACUUCGUCGUUCUUCACGUCCUAAUGCACUACGUUGUUUUUCUUGUGGAGAAACAGGCCACAUGCAAACUGCAUGUCCAAAACAAUCAAAGCGUGGUCUUUUAAUUGAAGAGAUUGAACAUUCUUAUGAUUCAUAUCAUGAUGAUAUUGUGGAAGAUGAGUUGUUAGAUAAUACAGAGUUGGAAGGCGAUUCUGGUCCUCUCUUAGUGGCACGGCAUAUCUGUUUAGCACCACAAGUAUUGGAGGAACCAUGGCUUCGCACUAACAUCUUCCAAUCUACAUGUACGGUUAAAGGCAAGGUGUGCAAAUUCAUUAUUGAUUCUGGUAGUUGCCACAAUAUCGUUUCUGACUAUGCCGUUCGCAAAUUGGGACUUCAAAAAGAAGCGCAUCCCUGCGCAUAUAAGCUUACGUGGUUAAAAGAAGGGACAGAGGUUAGAGUUACACAUCGAACACUGGUGUCAUUCUCCAUUGGAGCAGUUUAUAAGGAUAAGCUGUAUUGUGAUAUUGUUCCUAUGGACGUGGGUCACUUGAUUUUUGGGCGUCCAUGGCAAUAUGCUAGAGCAACACUUCAUGACGGGAAGAGAAAUUGUUACCGUUUUGUGUUUGAUAAUCGUACAAUUACAUUCUUACCCAAAGACCCUUCAACGUCUACGCCUUUGCCCCAUCAAGCCAAUCCUCAUAUUCCUACUCCAGUCACUGAUUCUUUGCCUAAAGCUACAUUGAUUUGUUCUCGUGGUACUUUUGAGGAAGAACUUCGGGACACCGGUUUUGCUUUUUUGUUACUUUCGGUCGCAAACAUGGCUUUGGUUAACCAUUGUCCAAAUCCAGUUUUAGACCAGCUUUUGGGUGAUUUUCAGGACGUUUUUCCGGCCGAUCUUCCGAAUGAGCUUCCACCAUUAAGAGAAAUACAGCACCAUAUUGACUUAGUCCCAGGGACUGUACUUCCUAAUCGGCCGCAUUACAGGAUGAAUCCGCAGGAACAUGAAGAAUUGCGACGCCAAGUUGAAAGUUUAUUAGCCAAAGGACAUAUCCGUGAGAGUUUAAGUCCUUGCGCAGUACCUGCAUUAUUGAUCCCUAAGAAAGAUGGAUCUUGGCGUAUGUGUGUUGAUAGUCGCGCUAUCAACAAAAUAACAGUGCGAUAUCGUUUUCCUAUUCCGCGCCUAGAUGAUCUCCUAGAUCAAACUGGUACAGCAUCUAUCUUCUCAAAAAUUGAUUUUGAUGAUUCGCACACCGUCCACCACCGUUGCCACCAUGAGGAUCGAUUGCCACAAUUAGUUGCACGUCUCCAGAAGCGGACCCAUGGUCACCGGAGUUUCUGA